UGAUAAUGAAGACUUCAAAUGUGAAUUUAAUAAAGGAUACUGUAACGUAUCUGAUGUUGAAGAGAAAAAGGUCUUUGGAAUGAACAACUGUCAGUUAGAUAAGUCAAAGGCUGAUAUUGAUCAAAUGAUGGUUAUAAAAAAUGAUAUUGAGCGUGAUAGUAUUGUAAAAGAUAAAUAUAAAGUACCUACACUUGCGAAGAUGAAUAAGAUACGUGAUCUUGCCAAAUUAAAUCAAAAUGGAAUUGUUAAAAAAGAUGAAUAUAAAAUAUCUAAUAAUUAUCGAAAACUAAACUAUUUACCUGCUUCAGUUUUAUACUCUUAUGAUAAUAAUCUUUAUCUUUUUGCUAUAAAUGAUCAAGAACUAUUAAAAUGA